AGCUGUUUGUGCUCAGUGGCCGAAUCUUCCUGCUGCCUUGAGUGCAGCUGUAGCCUUGCCCAUGCAGCUGUCGCGGAGGGCGCACAUUCUGGCCACCCUGGCCGCUUUUGUGCUGGACAUAUCAGUGGCGGGUGGCAUUUUUGCCAUCGGCAACAUCGAGAAGAAGGACACCCACGUGGCCAAGUACGAAUCAGUGACCUCUGAUACCCUCACCUGCUGUUUGGUCCGCCUGGUGGUCUUCCCGCUGAUUUCCUGCCUGGCUCUCGUCGUGUACCGCCGAACCGAGGCGCAGUCUCCACUGCAGCAGUACCGGCGCGCCCAGGAGGCCCGCACGGUGGCGAGCUCCAGCUCCGCCUCGGAUCUCCGGGUGCCUUUGGCGGAGGUGCCUAUGCACACUGUCAACGGUACAAGCCCUUCUUCGGAUGCGAGCUUCUGCAGCAAUGGCACCGAGAAGAGCGCCUUCGAGAUGAACCGGGAUCACGCGCUUCUGAUGAAGAGAGCAGACCGCAGGAAGGAAAUCAUCAUGAUGGUGCUGUUUGCCAUCAGCACAGGCAUGUCGUUCUACAACGGCAUCAAGUGCAUCGUGUUCCAUUAUGACCCGAACUACUUGGUGAUACAGGGCACGUUGCAAGCGUUGACCAUGAUCAUGAUCAACGUGGAAUAUUUCAUGCUGAAGAAUGUGCUCAAUAAGUUCACGGAGGAGCAAGGUGAGCUGAUCGCACAUAUCCACAUGCACCCGCUGUUCUUCGAGACCGGGCUGAAGUGCCAUGGCUGCGACAUCUGCAGCGAUCAGAUGAAGGGGCCGCACUACGUGGCCUACAGGUGUCGCACCUGCGACUUUGACCUUUGCCCCAGGUGCUAUAAACAGAAAGACAAGACCAGCGCGAAGGGAUUUGGUGCUCGAUCUGUUCGGCGGGAUGGGGAGCAGAUCACCACCUGGACCUACUUCAAGCGUAUUGUGCUCAUCUCCUUGGACUUUUGGCCCACGCUGGUCGCCGCGGUGGUGUGCCUGGUGAUCACGCAGAUGCUACAGAUCAUGGCGCCCAAUGUGCAGGGCUCCAUCUUCGACGGCAUCAUCGCGUUUCUGCAGCACCCGGAGUCGGGGCGGGGCCGCUUCGAGACAGCCAUGGCCACCUACGUGGUGGUGAACCUGCUGCAGGGCUGCUUCAGCGGACUCAAGGCGCUGGCCCAGGAGUUGGUCCAGCGGCGGAUGGCGUGCUCGGUGCGGCUGAAGCUCUUCGCCAGCGUCAUCCGCAUGGACAUCGCCUUCUUCGACACCAUGCACACGGGGCAGCUCACCAGCCGGCUCACCAACGACGCCAGUCAGAUGACGCAGCCUCUGAGCACCCUCAUGAACGACCUGCUGGCCAACGUGCUACUUCUGGUGGGCGGCAUGCUGAUGGCCUUCCGCACCUCUUGGAAGCUCUCGAUCUUGGCCCUCACCAUCGUGCCCCCCAUCACCUACAGCUACCGGGCCUACGCCAAGUGGGCGCGCAAGGUGACGAGGUCCAUCUACUGCGCCUACGGCGAGGCCAACUCCACCGCCACGGACGCCAUCUCCAACAUCCGCACCGUGCGGGGCUUCUCCACUGAGGAGUUCGAGGCCGGCAAAUACUCGGACAGCAUCAACACAGCCCUGGGCCACGGGGUCCGCAACGCCUACGUGGGUGCAUCGGUGACCGCCUUCUCCACGUAUUUGAACCUGGGCACUGCGGUGUUGAUCCUUUGGUACGGGGGGCAGCUGGUCUGCGACGGGAACGGACAGAUGAGCAUCGGCUCGCUGAUCACCUUCCAACUCUACUGGAACAUGAUGAACAGCGCCUUCAUCUCCUUGGGGAAUGUCUUCAACGACCUGAUCAGGUCCUCCUCUGCCGCCGAGCGGGUGUUCUCCCUCAUCGACGCGCGCCCGGAUGUGAACCCCGACGAGGGGGAAAUCGUGACGCGGGAAAGCGUGAAGGGCCACUUGCAGCUCAAGGGUAUCCAGUUCCGGUAUCGGUCACGUCCCGACAGCAUCGUCCUGAAGGGUAUUGACAUUGAGAUGGAGCCUGGUACCACCACUGCCUUGGUGGGCAAGAGCGGGGGUGGCAAGAGCACGCUGGUGCAUCUGCUCAUGCGUUUCUACGAGCCCACGGCUGGGGACAUCAUCUUGGAUGGCCGGAAUACCAAGCUUCUGUCCUCCAAGAGCGUGCGCCAGUGCUGCGGCUUCGUGGCCCAGGACACGCAGCUCUUCUCCUGCUCCGUGGAGGAGAACUUGGGCUACGGCCUAGGCCGAGACCACACGAAGGAGGAGCUCAUAGAGGCGUGCAAGGCUGCCAAUGCCCAUGAGUUCAUCCUGGAGAUGGAGGAGGGCUACGAGACCCGUGUGGGGGAGAAGGGCAUCAUGCUGUCGGGGGGCCAAAAGCAGCGCCUCGCCAUCGCGCGCUGCUUCCUGCGGAAGCCCCGGAUGCUCUUCCUGGACGAGGCCACCUCCGCCCUGGACGCGGAGAACGAGGCGAUGGUGCAAGCGGCCCUAGAGAAGCUGAUCACGGAGCUGCAUUCCACCGUGGUGCUCAUCGCUCACCGCUUGAGCACCGUGAUCAACGCCACGCAGAUCUGCGUGGUGCACAAGGGCGCCAUCAUGGAGCGGGGCACCCACGAGGAUCUGCUCAAGACCGGCGGGGUCUACAGCCAGCUGGUGAGCCGGCAGCUGUCGCGGGACGCCAGCGCCGUCAUGGACGCCAAGGACAAGGGGAAGCAGUGCGAGAUCGAUGAUCUGAUUGAAGAGAUGGAACAAUCAGGUGGCUUAAACCUGGAGCAAUGAUCUCCGAGCCGGCAUUUGCUGCGUGCAGAGCAGUUCAACUUGCCGACGGAAAUUCUGUCUCUCGGCGGUCAGCGCUUGUCGCCUGGCGCCUGAGGCAAACACAAUUCGAUGAGCGCCGACAAACUAAAACGGCGCCUCUUAAUGAUCAAUGCCGGUCAGCGCUUGUCGCCUGGCGCCUGAGGCAAGCACAAUUCGAUGAGCGCCGACCAAAACUAAAACGGCGCCUCUUAAUGAUCAAACCGCCCCUGAAGCGUUUCGGGGUUGCGGGUUGCAUGGGAACUUCAGCCGCCAAAUGGCGAGCUACCGAAGUCGUGCCGCCCGGCCCGAGUUUGGACACAAUUUUCCACUAGCACGGCAUGUGGACGUACCAUGGAUGGACGAAAUGUUG